GUUUCUUUCUCUCUCUAUUCUUGCACUCUCCCCUUAAUCUUUUUCUCUAAGACAAUUUGAGUGAUUAAGGGAGAGAAGAUAGAGAGUUUGUAUUUUAGAGGUUUCUUCUUCUUCUCCAAUGGCUUCUUCCCCAGAAUCUGCUCCCCCACCGUCAAAUUCAAGCUCUUCUCCGUCUCCACCGUCUCCAUCUCCUCCUCCUCCUACUCAAGAAGGCUCAUCACCUCCUCCUCCUGAUUCCACCUCACCACCAGCUCCACAAGCUCCUUCUCCCCCGGUUUCCAGCAAUAACUCUCCUCCUCCACCGGCAUCACAGGGUGGUGGAGGAAAUGGCGGCGGCAAUGAGUCUCCACCGUCACGUGGCUCCCCUCCUUCUCCUCCAUCUAGGGGUGGAGAUAAUGGUGGUAGUAGAACGUCACCAUCUGGAGAUAAUGGUAGCUCUCGCUCGAAUAAUUCUCCCUCUAGUGGAGGUGGCAGCAGUACUAGUGGUGGAGGUAGCGGCACUAGCGGUGGAGGAGGGGGAGGAGGUAUUAAUACGAAUACGGCGAUCAUUAUAGGUGUAUUAGCUGGAGCUGGACUAUUGAUGAUCGUGCUUAUUAUUGUGUGUCUUAGACGCAGAAGGAAGAGAAAAGAUGAUUCCUUCGACGCUGAAUCCAUGAAAGGAAAUCAAUAUCAAUACUAUGGAAACAACAACAACAGCAACAAUGCUUCACAGAAUUAUCCAAAUUGGCACCUAAAUUCACAAGGCCAAAACCAACAACCUUCUGGUGGUUGGGGAGGCAGUGGACCAUCACCGCCUCCUCCUCCUCCACGGAUGCCUGCAAGCGGAGAUAAUUCUUCCUUGUACUCAGGACCAGCACGCCCGGUUUUACCUCCUCCUCCACCUACUCUAGCCCUCGGAUUCAACAAAAGCACUUUUACUUACCAAGAGCUCGCGGCUGCAACAGGAGGCUUUGUGGAUUCUAACCUUUUGGGACAGGGAGGAUUUGGGUAUGUGCAUAAAGGUGUGUUGCCUAGUGGGAAAGAAGUCGCGGUUAAGAGUUUGAAAUCGGGUAGCGGACAAGGAGAAAGAGAGUUUCAAGCUGAGGUUGAUAUCAUUAGCCGUGUGCAUCAUCGAUAUCUUGUUUCUUUGGUUGGAUAUUGUAUUGCUGAUGGGCAGAGAAUGUUGGUUUAUGAAUUUGUUCCUAACAAUACUUUGGAAUAUCAUCUUCAUGGGAAGAAUCUUCCAGUAAUGGAUUUCUCCACCAGGAUGCGUAUCGCAUUAGGUUCUGCGAAAGGACUCGCUUAUCUUCAUGAAGACUGCCAUCCUCGGAUCAUUCACCGUGACAUCAAGUCUGCAAACAUUCUCUUGGACUUCAACUUUGAUGCAAUGGUGGCUGAUUUUGGAUUGGCCAAGUUAACUUCUGAUAACUACACUCAUGUAUCUACUCGUGUGAUGGGAACUUUCGGAUAUCUAGCUCCAGAAUAUGCAUCGAGCGGUAAAUUAACUGAGAAGUCCGAUGUUUUCUCGUACGGUGUCAUGUUGUUAGAACUAAUCACUGGGAAAAGACCGGUCGAUAGUAACAGUACCAUGGACGACACCUUAGUAGACUGGGCUCGUCCUAUCAUGGUUCGCGCGCUAGAAGAUGGAAACUUUAAUGAGCUCGCAGAUGUAAGGCUUGAAGGCAACUACAACCCGCAAGAAAUGGCUCGAAUGGUGACUUGUGCUGCUGCUAGCAUUCGCCAUUCUGGACGUAAACGCCCAAAGAUGAGCCAGAUUGUAAGAGCGUUAGAAGGAGAAGUGUCACUAGAUGUUUUAUAUGAAGGUGUGAAGCCGGGACAUAGUAACAUUUACGGGACAUCAGGAACAAGCUCAGAUUAUAGCCAGACAUCUUACAAUGCAGAUAUGAAGAAAUUCAGACAGAUAGCUUUGUCGACCCAAGACUUCCAAAGCAGUGAAGGUGAAGGAUCAUCUAACAAUGAUUCUAAAGAGAUUAAAAGUCCUAAUGCUCCUAAAUGAAAUCUCUUUUGAAACGACCAGUGGUAGAUUGAUUUUCUUGGGAUAAUAUGAAUAAAGGAUUUUGAGGUUCUGAGAGUAGAAGCAUGUAAGCUAAAAAGCAAUGUUAUUGUAAUGUUUAGAAUGUUUCUCAGACAGAUAUAUUAUAUGUUUCAUUUCU